AUGUCACGGCUAAAACGUUUGCGUCAAUUAGAAAAUAUCAAUAUGCUAUCAUCGAAGCGUCAUAAACAUCAGUCCGAAUCAUCUACAACAUCAGAUUUAUCAGAUACUGCAGAAAAUGAAUUGCCGGGCAUUAUUUCAAAAACUACUAGUGCUGUAGAGCAGGUUAAAUCAAAAUGGACAAAUCGUGAACGUGUGCUGGUAUUCUGCUCUCGUGGCGCUUCUUAUCGUACUCGUCAUCUCAUGAAAGAUUUCCGAAACUUGAUGCCUAAUAGCAAAGCAGACAAUAAAAUGGAUUCCAAAAAAAGUUUGGUUUUAAUCAAUGAAAUAGCGGAAAUGGCAAAUUGUACCAAAUGUCUGUAUUUCGAAAGUAGGAAACGCACCGAUUUAUAUUUGUGGUUAUCAAAUAUCACACACGGUCCGUCAGUGAAAUUUCUAGUGCAUAAUAUUCAUACAAUGGAUGAACUGCGUUUGUCUGGCAACUGUUUGAAGGGAUCACGACCGGUGCUUUCUUUUGAUUCAAGUUUCGACAGUCAGCCAUGUUUCGCACUUAUCAAAGAACUUCUUAAACAAACAUUCAGUACACCAUAUCAGCACCCGAGAAGCAAACCGUUUAUUGACCAUGUUCUUACUUUUUCUUUAACUUUGGAUAAUAAAAUAUGGUUCCGAAAUUUCCAAAUUGUAGAUGAAACGCUUGAGCUUCAAGAAAUUGGACCUCGUAUGGUGCUUGAAAUCAUUCGUGUUUUUGAUGGAUCGUUUGAAGGUUCUGUUUUGUAUGACAAUCCGCAUUUCGUGAGUCCUAAUAAGAUUCGUAGCGAAAUUAAGAAGAAUCAGUCAAAUAAAUAUAUGAUGAAGAAGUUGGCCGAAAAGUGCCGUAGCAUAAAAUUAGCCGAACAAGCAGCAGUGAAAUUACCCGAUCCUGUAGGAGAAAUCUUUGAUACAGAACGGACUUUUGCUAAUCCUCAAACCAAGAAAAUCAAACGAAUCAUAGAAAAAAAAAGAAGACCAAAGAAAAAAAAGAUAAAGGAAAGUGAAAAUGCCAGCAAAACCUAA